AUGCCAGCUAUGAGGCAGCCUGGAUGCAUUCAUUGCCGCGAGCGUCAUCUCCGCUGUGAUCGGGCCAUUCCAGCCUGCUCCAACUGCCGCAAAGCAAGACCGCCCCUGGACUGUGUCUUCCGGGGGAUCAGGAUCCGGCACAGCUCAUAUUCGGCCAAGGCUCGUGCCACGAACGUCCAAGCUGGUCACAGGCCUAAAGAGACGGUAAAUGCUUUGUCGCCUCACGUCUGUGAUUCGUCGCCGCCGUCCCAGUUACCUGGACUGGUUCAUGUGGAGCCUGCAGGAUCAUCCGCAUCCAAGGCUUUGGAAUCGAGUAUCGUCGACUCAAUUGAGCCUUCUGUGACAGCUUCAUGGGCGCAGCUCUCUGCACGGAACAGGAGUCCUUCAGCCGUCACUCCGGAAUCGUUACCGGGCGCCAACUCCAUCUCGUCGCGCACCACCAUCCCAGGCAGCUUCGACCAUUUCGAGAAUGGCUACACCGUCAGGUCGCCCAGUCUCGACCGGAGUGCUCUGAGUGUGACCUCUCCUAGUUUCGCCUUUGGCCAUCGACGCCAUCCUAGCUCUCAGCGGAUGGUCACCAACGAUGUAGAGCGCUUUGUCUUUGAGUUUUAUAUCAAUCAUGCUGGACCUUGGAACAAGGCAAUCGAGCUGUUGAUUCCGCUGCUCUCUCCCCAUUUCGCUCCGGCCACGGACAGCGCCCUUCUCGCGACAACGGUGAUCCUGCGCAUGUCGGAGCAAUUCUCCGAACUGGCAGACGACGCGCAGCAUCACCUCCACGGUGCGUAUUGCCUUUUCGCGACCACGGGGGAGAAGUGGUCGCCUUUCCACAUCGAUGUCCGUGGCGUGGCAUUCUGGAUCUAUCUCCGUGAGAGUAUCCGCGUGUGCUUCCUCAACGAGCACGGUUGCCAGUUCGAUCUAGGCAUUGUCGAUGACGAGAAGGCUGCGGCCUCGGCACCGGAGGGGGUCUGGGCGAACAAAAUAUCGUACCUCAUCGCUAGACUGUGCAAUGCCUGCUGGGGCGACUUUGAUGAAAGCGUCAAGGAGUCCAUGAGGGCGGAAAUCCAGACAAGCCUCGAAGAGUGGAAGGCUCAACUGCCGGAUACGUACCAGCCAUGGUGUUUUAGCUGCAAGGAUUACGAGCCUUUUCCGGUAAUCAAAUUUUUGAGUCCUUGGCAUGGUGCGCAGUCUUUAUUCUCGUGUUCUCAGUGUAUAUGUGUGGCUGAUUCGCCCUUGUUAGAGAUCGCGUGGCAGCAAUAUUAUACGGCGAAGGUGAUGCUCGCUGUUUACGCGUCGAAACAGAGAGAGGGCUCCAGUGUCCUUACCUUGAAUCAGCAUCUUGAAGCGGAGAUCAUCAACCCAGCCAGGCUUGCGUGCGCUGUGUGCUUUUCUAGCGAUAACUUCGGCUGCAACAUCAACGGGACGCAUCUCAUUUCGUGGUGCGGCCAAUUCUUUACCGGGAAAGAAGAGCAGAGGCGCCUGGCCAAAUUCCUCAAGGAUUUCAUGGACAAGACCAAAUGGCCGAAUAAGACAUGCUACGAGAGGCUCGAGCAGAUUUGUCCGAUCCAUGACUGCUGCAGUGACUUGAAGGUUGUGCUGAAUUACCAAAUCCAAACUGGAUCGGCGAGCACGUCAUAUGGCUCCUGGUUCUUCUUGGAUGCGUUUCUUCGAGUCUUUAAGAAGGCUGCCAUGAAGCUGUUUCUGAGACAGGUAUGUUCAGUCUCUUAUACAUAUCGGCACUCGCUAACGAUGUCAGCAUUUGUCAUUUUCCUCGGCUUCGUCGCCGUUGUAGGCUAUACGGUUGGCCGUUAUGUUGUCGACAAGAAGAACCUGCGACGGUUCCCAGCGCCGUCUGUCGCAGGGUUCACGCCAUUAUGGCUGAUGUACCACAGCUGGCUCGGUCGACGAUACAAGGCGGUUGACGCAGCCCACCGCAGACUGGACCCUGUGGUGCGCUUCUCCCCAAACCACAUCUCGUUUACAGACCCUACCGCGUACAAGGACAUUUACGGUCACGGAUCUCCAAUCCUCAAGGAUGAAUUCUACUCUCAUAUCGCAGCCGGCAAUCUGUCCAUGGCCCAAACGACGGACAAGGCAGAGCAUACUCGGAAGCGAAAGGCUCUUGCGCACGUCUUCUCCGCGCGAGAGAUAACGGCUAUGGAACCGCGGAUCCUUGAGACGGUCAAAAAGCUUUGUCGCGACCUCCAAAUCAAGUCAGAGGGGAAACUCGUUGCAGAGACGGACCUCUACCCGACUGUCAAUGGAGUCUUUGAUCUACGACCAUGGCUGAAUAUGUUCUCCUAUGACGCCAUCACGGCGAUGUUCUGGUCCAACACGUACGGGUUUCUCGACAAAGGGAACGACCUGUGUCCGUCGAUGACCAGUUCGGGGCAGAUCAAGCAAGUGCACGCCAUGGACAGUUUCCAUUCCGGGGCGGCAUUCAACGUCUUACUUGCGCAUCUACCCGAGGCGUGGAACAAACUGGCCAAGAUCCUUCUUUCUUACACGCAUGGCAGGCAGGCAGCACAGAAUUUCGGGGGCAUGGCACGUUACCACGUCGUUCGGCGCCUGGAAAAUCCUCCCAAAGAGGCGGACUUGUUCUCCAAUCUACCGGCGCAGCCCUCGGCAAAGUGGCCGACGCCGAUGCCGUUGCACGAGCUGGUAGCAGAGUCCACCACCAUGCUGGAUGCGGGCAACGAUACGACGCAGACGUCCCUGACCAACUGUAUCUACCAACUGGCGUCCAAUCCGGACAAGCAAACCAAGCUAUACAAGGUCUUGAUGAAGAGCAUCUCUCUCGACGACAAGUCGAAGCCCUUGGUGUCCUAUUCGCAGCUGCAGCAUAUCCCCUAUCUGCGGGCGUGUCUGGACGAGAGCUUCCGGUGCAAGCCACCGGUUGCCUUUGGGCUUCCUCGCCGCACGGUCAGUCCCGGGGCGACGAUCGCCGGGCAUUUCAUACCGGCCGAUACGACGGUCAGCGUGCCCUUGUACGCAGUGCACCGCAACGAAAGUCUGUUCCAGGACGCACUGCGAUUCGUUCCGGAGCGAUGGCUGGACGACGACGACGAGCUGCGGGACGGAUGGACGACGGACGCGCAGGAACGGCAGAACCUGAAGGACUACGUGCUGCCGUUCAGCUUGGGCGGACGAGCGUGCAUUGGGCGCAACCUGGUGUACAUGGAGCUCAGCAUCGUGAUCGCGGCGCUGGUGCUGGGGUUCGAGUGGGAGCUGGCCGAGCCGGGCAGCGAGCUGGAGACGAUCGAGCGGUUCAACUGCAACCCGAAGGAGCUGUUGGUGAGAGCGCGGGUGAGGGAGGGCGUCAAUUGGCUGGGAUAG